CUGUGCGUCAGAUCUGAUCUGCCGUGCCGUGCUGUACUGGACCACAUCAGAUAGCCCAUUAUAGCAUAUUUCAACCCAAAACCAGGCUGUAAAUCACCUGUUGAUGGAGGACGUGCUCCAGGGAAAUGACUGACCAGGGCAAUAACAAUCAGAACAUCUCACAAAACCCAUUCGCAGCUCUCUUCAGUUCCCUCGCUGAUGCCAAGCAGUUUGCAUCGGGCCAAAAGCAAGGACGCCAAGCUGAGCAACAGUCUUCUGCAGAUUCUGGGGGGAGCCAGUCUGAGUCAGACAACUCUGUGUCUGACAGCAUCGAUGACAAUGAUGACUCAGUGGCAGAGAUCAGCAAAUCUUUCCGGUCACGACAGGAGCUCUGUGAGCAGCUCAACGUCAACCACAUGAUCCAGAGGAUCUUCCUCAUCACACUAGACAACAGUGACCCCAGUCUCCGAGGUGGUAAUGGCAUCCCAGCACGUUGUGUUUAUCUUGAGGAAACGGCAGCCGAACUUAAUGGCCAGGACUGGCUGAACAUGGAUACCAUUGAGCAGGCUUUGUUCAGCAGGCUACUUUUGCAGGAGCCGAGAAAUCAUCUAGUCUACAUGACUUCCUGCAGUGUUGUGAACCUCUCGGCAGAUCGUGAUGCUGGGGAGAAACGUGCAGUACCUUACCUUUAUGCCUGUUACCAGAGAGCUAAAGAAGAGAUUACUAAAGUCCCGGAGAAGCUGUUGUCAUAUGCUUUGCACUGUAAAAACCUCACUGUUUCCAAUACCCGCACGGUGCUGCUGACACCAGAGAUCUACAUCAGUCAGAACAUUUAUGAGCAACUUUUAGACCUGUUGCUAGAGGCUGUCAGAGAAGCCCGGUUUGAGGAAGUUGUUGAGUUUUUGGAGGAAAUCAUUGCUAGUCUGUUGGCUGACCAAGAGGUGCGGACCUUCGGGGAGGUGAUUGUGCCAGUGUUUGAUAUUUUCCAAGGCAGAGUCAAAGACUUAGACCUUUGUCAGCUGCUGCUGUAUUCCUACCUGGACAUUCUCCUGUAUUUCUGUCGGCAAAAGGACAUUGCUAAGGUAUUAAUGGAGCACAUUCAACCCAAAGAUCCCAACAAUGGACUUCAGUAUCAGAAAACUCUCUUGGGAACCAUCCUGAAUAUUUCUUGUCUGCUGAAAACCCCUGGAGUGGUUGAGAAUCAUGGGUUUUUCCUCAAUCCUUCUCGCUCCAGUCCACAGGAAAUGAAGGUUCAAGAGUCAAAUAUACACCAGUUUAUGGGGCAGUUUCAUGACAAGCUGUAUCAGAUUCUGAAAAACUUGCUUCAGCAGUCCAGUGAGACUCGUCACCUGCUGCUCUCGUGGUUAGGCGGCUGCCUGCAGGCCAACAUGGGGCGGGCCAAAAUCUGGGCAAACCAGAUGCCUGAGAUAUUCUUCCAAAUGUAUGCUUCAGAUGCAUUUUUCCUAAAUCUGGGAGCUGCACUGCUCAAACUCUGCCAGCCUUUUUCUCGCCCCUACUCCCCCAAACUCUUGACAUUCAACCCCACUUACUGCUUGCUGAAGGAGCUAAGUGAAGAAGAGAGGCGGAACAGAAAUGUGCACGUGAGAGGUUUAGACAAGGAGACAUGUCUGAUACCUGUGCCCCCUCAACAAACGAUUGAAUUUGCCCAAUCAUACAGCCUUCUCACAGAAAACCUCAUCCUAACACAGCUAACCAUGUACUUGGGCUUUCAUAGACUUCAUGAUCAGAUGGUGAAGAUGAACCAGUCUCUGCACCGGCUGCAGGGGACAUGGCGGGACACACAGCUCAGCGGAGGCCCAGCAGCGGAGCUACGAGAACAGUUUGAACGCCUUAUGACAAUCUAUCUCUCCACCAAGGCUGCUACCAUGCAGCCCGUCAUGCUACAAAACUGCCUCAACCUCCAAGCCUCCUGCGCCGCCCUGCUGGUUCAGCUCAGCCUGGGCAACCAUGGUCCCGAGCACAUCCCUGUCUCCUUUCCCCUGCCCACACUAGAGAACAGUCUGUUAUGUUUUGUGCCAGAGUUCUUUGUCGAAAACAUGGGUGAUUUCUUCAUAUUCCUCCGGCGCUUUGCUGAAGAGGUGUUGGAGUCAUCGGCAGAAAUCUUAGAACAUGUCCUGACCUUCAUCACUGUGUUCAUGGGCAAUGUUGAGAGAAUUAAAAAUCCUCACUUGCGGGCAAAGCUGGCAGAGGUUCUUGAGGCUGUGAUGCCCCAUAUGGAGUCUGUGUCAUCUGGCACUGCCCAGCCUAUCAUGUUCCAGCGCCAAAGGGUGUUCAGCUCAUACCGGCAUGCACCUCAGCUUGCUGAAGCCCUCAUUACAGUGUUCGUGGAUAUAGAGUUCACUGGUGAUCCUCAUCAGUUUGAGCAGAAGUUUAAUUACAGAAGGCCAAUGUAUGCUAUUCUCAAGUACAUGUGGGGAGAAGAGCAUUACAGGGAGAGCAUUAAGCUACUGGCAGAUUAUGCAUCUGAAAACCUUGAGGCCAUGAUUCCACCACUCUUUCUGAGGUUUUUGAACCUCCUCAUGAAUGAUGCCAUCUACUUACUUGAUGAGGCUAUACAGUACCUAAGUAAGAUCAAAAUCCUCCAGCUUGAGAGGGAUCGAGGGGAGUGGGACAUUCUGGCCCCUGAUGCCCGCAGAGAGAAAGAAUCUAGUCUGCAGAUGUUUGGACAGCUGGGUCGCUUCCACAACAUAAUGUCAAAUGAGACCAUUGGCACCUUGGCUUUCCUCACAUCUGAGAUAAAAGGUCUUUUUGUUCACCCCUUUCUUGCUGAGAGGAUCAUCUCCAUGCUUAACUACUUUUUGCAGCACCUAGUAGGCCCCAAGAUGGGUGCCCUGAAAGUGAAAGACUUCAGUGAAUUUGACUUCAAGCCUCAGCAGUUGGUGUCAGACAUCUGUACUAUUUACCUAAACUUGGGGGAUGAAGAAAAUUUUUGUGCCACUGUCCCGAAAGACGGAAGGUCAUAUUCCCCAACUCUCUUCUGCCAAACUCUCCGUGUCCUGAAGAAGAUCAACAAGCCUGGCGACAUGAUUGUAUCUUUUAGUCUACUAGCAGAUAAAAUUAAGUCUCUGGCAGACAGGCAUCAGCAAGAGGAGGAGACAUACUCUGAUGCUCCAGAUGAAUUUCUGGAUCCCAUUAUGUCUACCUUGAUGCUUGAUCCUGUGCUACUACCAUCUUCAAAUGUUACAGUGGACCGUUCAACAAUAGCGCGGCACUUACUAAGUGACCAGACAGACCCUUUCAACCGCAGUCCACUCACCAUGGACCAGAUCAGGCCUAAUGAAGAGCUCAAGCAACAGAUCUUGAAUUGGCUUGCUGAGCAUAAGCAAAGCAACCAGCAAAUGGGACCUAGUGGCUAAACCACAUUAUUCCCAUCCCCCAGCACCUAGGCAUGCUCUGUAUGACUAAGCCAUUCAGAUGUUUCAGACCUCUCUCAUAGCGCUUUGCCAGGAGAAUAUUUAAUCACACGUGGAGCAACAUGUUAACAUUCAUGGUGUUUGUGUGCUCCUCAAAGGUCAAUUGUAAUUCUCCAAAUGCCAUAAGAUUGUAGCAUAUUUCUCUAUCUGCUCUUUCAAACUCAUUGGAGCAUCAGGUCUAUGCAAGAAAAGCUCAAAUCUAACUAACAACUGGAGUCACUCUUCUAAUACAUUUUGCCUUGACAAGCUGUUCAUCAUGCAAAUGAGGAUGAUGUGGUUUUAUAGACAAAAAAUAUAUAAUAUUAGGUUUGCUUAUCUGUUCAAUGCACUUGCCCUACCUCUAACUUAAUUAAUACAAUAUGUGUACAAUAUAAUAAAUGCAUUGCUCAUUCAUAAAUGUUUUAAGUUAGAAUAUUAGCUGUGUGUUCAUGGUGCCAUAAAGGGGUUGUGGCUGUAUUGAUAACAAAAUUUAAAGCAAACCAGUUUUCACUGCAAAUAUUUGGCUUAAAUCUUCAGCUUUGUUGUCCCUUGGGUUGUUAUGCCAUUUGUUUUCCAAAAGUCACAUACUGGAGAAUUUUUGUUAUUAUUAUUUUGGGCUGGUUGGUUACUCUACCAUUUGUCAAAAUGCUUUUGUUAGAAACAUUUUAUGCUUGGAACUUAAGCAACAAAUAUGCAUUUUAUGAGACUUGUUAAGAAUAUUGAGCUCUUGUUUAAAUGUUGGGAAAUACCCCCAUACAUUUACAAGAAUUAACUAUAUUUUUUAACAGUGCCAUAUAUCCCAAGUAAUGACUUGUUUGAAUGCUGAGUCAGAGCUCACAGCCUCAUUGACCUUCUCUCGUGCAGAAUGACAUCAUGUCUCUUUUGUUAACAGUUGCAAAACUAUGCUCUGUUUGGUUGCUACUGUUAUAGAUGUCUUAAAAGAUGACACUGAUAAGACACUGUCCACUCACUGUCCUCCCUUUGUCUUUAGUUUGAGCCAUCAAGAUGCAGUUGUAGAUUAUGUCUGAAUUUGUUCAUUCCAUUGAAUGUUGGUUGGGUUUUAAGUCUUUCUACAUCAAUUUUUCUCUCAUAUGUUCUAGUCCUCACCAAAACAGUGAAUUUUAUUCCAGGAAUUCUUAAAGAAAACUGAAUGCUUCAGGGCCUGUUGAGUUUUGCAUAUCCACACUUGUUAGCCUUAAUGGAUCUUUUAAACAUUGAUUUAAUUUAACUGCAAACAAUGUUUUGGAAAUAUGUUUUGUAAAAUAAAAUGAUUUGUUUUAGUUCAUGUUAUGUUAACUUUACCCCUCUUGAAUUUACAACAACCAGAUGUUCUACAAAGGUUGGAUGAAUGGUUCAGUUAACUGACUGUCCUGAAAUGUUUGUUCCAACUUUUAAUAAUAGCAUGCUUGAUGUUAAUGUAUUAUUUGGGCAACUUGUCUUUUAAUCAUCAUGCACUAUUUGCUCUCUGGCUUGUUUAUUGCAGUAUAUUGGAUAAAGAUGAUAAAUCAAUGUAUUAUAAUUAAAAUCAAGUUCUAAAUCAAAAAGAGUGAUCAGUAGUUAAUUGUUAGCCUCUUUAAAACUUUUGUAAAGAUUGAUUAGUCAAGUUUGAAUGGAUUUAGUGUGUUUUUAGAAUUUCCUGUGUAAAAUAGCAAUUUUAUUGCGAAUGCUUUGAAAUCUAGACACAAAAAAUGUUGUGCUGUUUCUGCAAGCUCAUUAUUUAACCAAUAUGUUGAAAUGAGAGGAAAACCUUUUAAAUGUGUGGUAUUUUUUGUUUGUUUAUGUAGUGCUGUUCAUUAUGGCAGUGGUCUUGCACUUACACUGAGACCUAGGCUCAUUGAUGAAGUGUCAGUCAAACACCAUUUUCAGUGAUCAAUUUCAUGUCAGCCAUGAUUAAUUUAUGACAAAUAAAACUAGAGGUAUAAAAUUGCUCCGAAUAUAUCCUGUGAAAGAAACAAUAGAGCGCUUUCAUAUGGAUAUAGAUUACAAUUGUUCUUGUUGUAAUGGUGAAAAAUAAACUAUUGUCCAUUUAUGUUUUGAAUGUCCCUGUUCAAGAGAUGUCAUGAUUUCUGAGUUUGAAAAUGACAUUUAAUGUAGUCCUCAAUAUCUCUAGUUUUACAUGACUCAAAUGAACAUAAGAAAAAAAUACAGUAUAUAUAAAUUAUU